AGACCACGUCGAGAACGAGACCGUCCCCACCGCUAAAGUCUUGCCGCAACGCAAGCACCUGCUACUUGUACAUACCGAACUCAAUGGUCGCAUGUUUCCACUUACUGGCCUAGUGUUAGGUUACAAUCAAUAAGCACACCAAGUAUAAUAGCUUUGGCUGCCAGUUUUCGCACGUGGGGGCACGUUUAAAUCCUCGAGGCCCCUAACGUUAACGUUCAACGCCUCCCCCACUAUAACUUUGUAGUCAGCAAUGAUUCAGAUUACAUGACCUUGCCAUAUCGCCUUGCUUGCAAGGUGACGAUUCAUCGUCUUCUGCUAAUUCUCUGGCUAGGGUCUACCUGACCUUCAGAUGCCGUUUCACUUUGUUGUACAUGUCUGGCAACGCUUAACGAGUAUUAGGUCGAAAAGGAAUGAUCAUUCAAAUGCGACACCAUAUUCCAUGCACAACCUCACUUCGAGGAUUCGAAAGGCACAAUGGAUUGGCGGAAGAUCAGCAAAUGUAUAUCGAGCUACAUGUUCUAUUGGUACCACGCCCACACAGGUUGUUGUGAAGUCGCUGAGGGUAGAAAUGUUUAGCAACACGGGGAAAUCUGAAAGCCAGGAGUUAUUGGUUCGAGCAAAUGCCUGGAUGUCUUUGCGACAUGACAACAUUCUUACACCCAUAGGAUUCGCUGAUGGAUUCGGACCGCUUCCAUCAAUUGUAUACAAGUGGAUGCCUGGCGGGACAUUGACCUCAUACCUCGAAGACAACUCUGGCAGUCUAAGUGUUUCGCAAAGGUUUUGUCUGAUCAAGCAAAUAGCAGCUGGACUCUGCUACCUCCACUACAAGAAUGUCGUCCACGGCAAUCUACAUGGAAAUAACGUCCUAAUUGACGCCGAAGGUGUUGCGCAUCUUGCAGAUUACGAACUUACUUGGGCGUACCGAGGACAACAUAUUCCCCCAUCUGUGAGAUGGGCAGCUCCGGAACGCUUUGACAGCCAAAGCGUGAGCGCGCCCACGACAAAGAGUGAUAUCUAUUCCCUUGGAGGCAUAAUGCUUCAGAUCCUCACUGGCCGCGAACCAUAUUAUGAGGUCAGAAGUAGAUCCAAGGUUUCCAUCGAAAUAUUGAACGGAAAUAAACCCUCGCGACCACUUGAUAUUCGUAUCGCGGAUCCUCACUGGUGGUUUAUUCAAUGGUGCUGGACCGUUCCAGAAAACCGCCCAUCUUCUGCUGAAGUACUACACUUUGCCCAAAGGGAAGCCGAGCUUCUUGGUGCAUAAGCUGAUAUUUUUUAUAUACGAGGAACUCUCGUGCUUACCCUAUUCUCUAUAUUCUCAUUACUAUGGACUUUAUGGAGUCAUUCCCACCGGGUUGUUUCUCUGACAGCACGGGACCCCAUUAUUCUGGAUAUCUUAUUUCAUCGGACACGUCCUAUACACUGGCUUCGCCAUCAAUGAAUCACACCCAUCUCCUACCCAUCACAUGCCUAUCUAUUCACGUAUCGCAAUCCCGCCCUGGUUACUUAUCCCCUGGCUGUGCUGAGGAUGCCGAUCAAUCGCAUUGUGCUGAGCACGCCUUAUUACAUCUUCCCCAUUCCACGUGUCUUGUUUACAGAAAACCUACAAAAGCCCCAGUACGAUACAUGUUGUAGACCCGGCGUUCUUGCAACUAAGCUAUCAUCUGGUAACUUUGC